AUGAGAGAGCACAAACAACAAUCGGAAAGGGCCUUUCAAGAAGUACAAAAACAAUUGGAGGAGGAUAGAAAGCGAGCGGAGGAAGAUAGAAAGCAAAUCGAAGAGCUCACAAAAUCUUUCCAAACCUUAUUAGCGCAAAGUGAAACAAAACAGCCGAUGAAUGAGGACCCUAUGGCUCCAACGAGUCUAGCGAAUCCGCCGGUUAGAAGUGGUAGAUCGAUCGCAGAUCUUAUGUUUGUAGAGAUGCGGCUUCCAACGUUGACGGGGAAAGAGAACCAAAGCGAAAUGAUUUGUUUCUUCUACAAAUUUCGCGCAGGGACUGCAAAUCACACCACACAAGAAAAGAAAGACCUCCUUGAAGCCAAGAUAGCGGGAAAAGCGGCACGGUUGUGGGAACACACGAGCAUGGCUUCGGAAAGUAGCGACUUUGAUCAGAAUUUGGCUGAAUUCGAGAGCGAGCUGAAAAGCAAAGCGGCAGAUCACAGGGAUUGGCCUUCGAUUUACCUCUGUAAAUUGUCAAAAAAAAUUGUGCCAAGAGUCGACCAAAAUAUUCAAAUUCCUGGUAAUUGUCUAAAAGAUAAUAUGUUUCUGAAGUCAUUUCUCCCUGCUAAAGGCUGCAAAUUUAAGUUCUUGGAGGAAAAUCACGGUUUCAGUGGUGAUUUCGACAAGAAGAACUCGAUAGAAUGGUCGUAUUCCUCGCGAAUUGAAGGGAAAGGAACCAAAUUUUAA